AGUGUGAACGUGAACUGGACUAUGAAUACAAAAUGAAAUAAAAACGAUUUAACAAUGGUACAAAUUUUACAACGAUUACAGCUUAUUAAAUAUUAACUGUCGAUAAUGUGGAAAUUACUGCAGGAGUCACCAACAGCCUAUGCUAUUCAAUUCAACAAAGAAAAUGGAUAUGAAAUCUUCAUUACAGAUUUUAUCUAUUUAUGGCAUGUUUAUUUCACUGAAAGAACUUUUCUCACGCAACUAAAGGAUGGAAUUAAACUAUUGGUACAACCUGAGAAUCUAAAAAAAGUUAAUGUUUUUGAAGAAAAUGAAAAGAGGAAUUUAUCUAUAACUUUAGUAAUGUCUUGUGGAUUUCGAUUUAAAUUAAAAUGUAGACUUUCCAGAGUAUCAGAUGAAAUGAUGUUCCAGAAAAUUACUCAAAACCUACUGAAGAUAAUCAAUGAUCUGUGGAUGAGUCAAACAAUAUUAAGGAACACCUUGAACAAGAAAGAUAAAGAGCUGACUGCAUAUAAAACAAAGUUUGGUGAAAUUCAACACAAACACAAAAAAACUGAGCCAUUCAAUGAUGAACUUCACAUGAACACUCACAACAUGUAUGAAACCCAUUUCGGGGGAUCUGCAAUACCCAGUAGUAUUUUACAGAAGACAAUAGUAUUGCCCAAACAACCUAUAAAAGCUGAAUGUUCCAGCGAGAGUGAGUUACAAACGAUCCAAAUUAAACAAGAAAUUAUGACACCUACUACGGAGGAUCAAAACCAUUUUGCAGUCAACCAUUCUGUCAAACGCGAAACUACAAAAGUCGAUCCGCCGGUAAAUGGACGCGUUUGCGUUAAAAAAAAAAGAAAGGGUCUCAAUUUUUAGAAAAGUAUUAUAAUAUUUCCUUAAUUUAUGCUUUUUGACUGAAGAAAUUACUAAUGAAAUAUAUUAAAAAAUGGCCAUAUAUAAUGGCGUCGUUAUAAAAUAAUAAUAAAUUAAGGUAUGUAAGAAUUAUUAAAAUAAAUA